AGAAAUCUUAAUAAUUUUUUUAGUAAAUAGGCAUUUACAUAAACAUUACCACCAUCAUUGUAAUGAUGACAUUUGCACUAAAGAAUUUAUUGGAUAACUUUAUAACAUGGCACUGAUUCCAGAAAAUGUCCUUGAUGUUAUUUCUUUCUCUCUUGCUGGAGAUUGGAAACGAUUUGGUAGAUUAUUGCGACUAGAAGAAUCACAGAUAGAAUGCAUUGACUUAGAAAAUGAUUUAGUCUAUGAAAAAUGCAGACAAGUUUUAAAAGAAUGCACUCGAAAGCAACCAAGCAUUGAGUGGGAUGAUGUAAGAGUGGUUUUGGAGCAGAUCAAUAGAAACGAUGUUGUGAAAAAAUGUGAGAAGAUAGAAGCAUGUGCUGUAAAAGUAUCACUAAAUUCGGCCAUGGAAAAAAGCUUUGAAAAAGCCAAGGAGCAGCUGAGAGAGAGAUAUUUACAUCAAUAUAAGUGUUUAUUUAACGAGAAUUCUAAUGAGCAACACAAUUUAGACCGCAUAUCAGCCUUUGUUGAACUAGCUAUAUCAUCUUCCAGCGAUGUGCAUGAAUACUGGAGUCGUAACAGUGACCGAGAUUAUCACCUGAAUCAACAUCUGUUUAAGGGCAAAACCAUAACUAUCGAAGAUAUAAUGUGUGAAAAUAAAGACCUGGUUUGUUUGGGAGGUGUAGCAGGCAGUGGCAAAAGCACGCUUCUUCUUUAUAUGCUGUUAAAAUGGGCAAGACAAGAAUUGUGGACUGGCAGUGUUGGCCAACAAUUUGAUUUUGUUUUUACUAUUAUUUGUCGUGAAAUCAAUUUUAUUGAGAAUUGUAGUUCCUUGGAGUCUAUAUUGAAGAAACUUUAUCCAAAAGUUUUCCAGUUAAUUUCAUUUGAACAAUUGCUCUUGAUUGCAGACAAGGUUCUAGUAAUUGUGGAUGGUGUCGAUGAAUUUAUUGGCUUGGAUGACAUGAUAUCACAGCAGGAUGGUUCACAAAGUGGCUUAGAUCUGUCCAGGUCCCUGUUUCAAGCUGUUAACCCUCUUCAUCCAUCCUUAUUCAGACAUAAAGUCUUAAUAUCUGGUCGACCAGAAGCUAUAUCUAAGGUUCAAAAAAGAUUUCAGAAAAUUGUUAAUGUUAGAUCGAUAGAAGUACUUGGCUUUAACAAUGAAAAUGUUGCUCUUUUUGUUCAGAAUUAUUUUUCAAACAAUCGUCAGCAGUAUCAAACAGUGUUGCAGAAAAUCAAAGAAUCAACUAAUCUGUCUGUGAUGGCAAGUUUACCUGUUUAUUUAUCCAUUAUAUGCAAUUUGUUUUUCAAUGAAAGUAAUGCUACUGUGAACACGUCUGUUGAAUUGUUUUGCUGGGCGUUAGGCCUGUAUCUGAAGGAUCAUUUUCGUGGAAAAGCUGUAUCCACUAUGAACUUAAGGGAGCUGUUUAAACAGGAAUUUGUUCGCAAUAUGUUGGCUGUCGUAGCUGCAAUGGCGUAUGAAAUGUUAUGCUGUGGUACUGUUGUCUUUGAUGCUGAUUCUCUAUCUGGUCAGUUUGAAGAAUCUCUAGAAUACUGUGGAUUGGUAACAAAAGUUUUUGUUGAUGAAUUUACAGUCAAGUAUCAGUUUCGACAUCUCAGCUUGCAAGAAUUCUGUGCAGCUGCUCACAUUUUGAGAAAAGACAUACCUCGAAAGGAUGUUGUAAACAAUAACCGUUUACGUGGUUGUGUUCCAUUGUUAUGUGGUUUAGAAUCUGUAUUUUCAACAAGCAGUAAUUCACCUCCCAUUUUAAAAGCUAUCGUUCAUGCAAUGGAGGUACAAAACUUAACACAGGAGCCUGUUUUAAGUUAUCUUGUUGAUAAUUUAUUUAGUUAUGGUCAUCAACCAUGUGUUUUAACAGGUUCAAAUGAUGCUUGGAAUCUUUUUGCGACAUCUUAUUACGAGCACCACAAACCAUUGAAUCAAUCAUUAAAGUCUGUUAUAUCGAAAAGCGAGAUUAUUUUGUAUUUGAAAAAUAUUUCACGUAUUCAAAUGACAUUCAUGAUUUAUUUCCUUGAUCAAAUAAUAGCAAUAAAUCCAUUUCCCGUUCAGGAUAUUUACUUGCAAGUAUGGCGAAAUGAUGUCUCAGAAAGUGAGUGCAAAAGAAUGGCAAAGUAUAUUUGUUUGACCAAGCGUGUUCACAUAGAGAGAAUGAAUGUUCUCCUUCCAGAUGAUUUAAAAUUGAUCAACAAUGAGUUUGAAAGUAUGACAGAGAAAAAAGCCACCCCCGCUAUUAAAGAAUUGCGUUUUUAUGCCUGUAAACUGUCUUCCCACCAUUUAUUUUCUAUGGAAUCAGUUUUGACAAACUUACACACACUUGUUUUAAGUUAUAACAAAAAUAUUUCCUUGGACGGAUGGAAAUUAGUGGCAAGUUUAUUUGAAACCUGUUGCUUUCUACAAAAGCUGCAUGUUAGGGAUUGUAACUUGAAAGAUCAUGCAUUUGCCAGCCUUGCUGCAGUCGCUCCAAAGUUAUUAGAGUUUGAAGUAUCUGACAAUCCUUCAAUCACAAACCAAGGUUGGAUUAAAUUAGUUGAAUCAGUGAAUAAUGGAAGUGUAUUAGAGAAGCUUUAUCUUCGUGGUUGUUAUCUAACUGAUUCCUCUCUGGAAUCAUUGCUUCCAGUUUUCACUUACUUAAAGGAGCUUGAUUUGAGUUUCAACAAAGCAAUUACAUAUGGUGGAUGGAACAAGCUGUGUGAUUUCUUUCUGCAAGGAAAAGGUGAAUCACUACAGCGAUUGUGUAUUAAAAAUUGUUUUGUUACUCAAUCGUCCAUCGAAGUUUUGAAAAAAUGCAUGCAUUCUUUGGAACAUUCUGUCGCUUUGCCUACCAUAUCUAACCAACAAAAAGAUGAUUUAAACGAUGAUGGUUCAUCUGAAAUGAUAAAAAUAAAGUGCAAUUUGAAUGAUGAAAGUUUAAAAAAGCUCUGCAAGGAGAUACAAAGCCCAAGAAGAAUUGACCUGAGUUCCAAUGAAAACAUAACCACGCUAGGUUGGCAACAUUUGGCUAAUUCUGUGCAAAGCAAGACAAGUAAUCUGGAGGAACUAGUCCUAUGCGAUUGUAAUUUAAAAGAUGAUGAUGUAUUGGUUUUAUCACCAUUAUAUCCAGGUCUUAAAAAACUGAGACUUUCAAAAAACCCUGGAAUUACCAAUGUUGGAUGGAAUAUAUUAGGUUCAAUUAAACGAGAUGCAGCAGGUCGUUUUUUAAAAGGUCUAAACCUUCGUAGUUGUCGGCUUAAUGACUCAUCUAUGGCGAUCCUGCAACCUAUACUAGGACAUUUAAACUAUCUUAGUUUAGGUAAUAAUUCUCAUAUCACACCCAUUGGGUGGAAAUGUUUAUCUACUGCUGUCAUUGAUAGUAAAAAAGUGUGUCUAAAGUUUCUGAGUGUUCGCGAUUGUGACAUAAACGAUGCUUCUUUGAAAGAAAUACAACCUGUGAUCCCCUUUUUGCAUUCUCUGAAGCUUGGGGGAAAUCUCAAAAUCACUCCAGUUGGAUGGAAAGGUAUAGGAGAAUGCAUUAAUAAUGAAAUAUGCAAUUUGUACGAGUUGGGUGUCAUCAGGUGCUUGUUAACAGAUGAGGAUCUAAUUACUUUAUUACCACUACUUCCGUUUCUUCAAAUGUUUGACGUGCGAUUCAAUAGAUGCAUCACAACAAUUGGUUGGAAAUUAUUAUCCAGCGCGGUCAGGAAACACCCUUCGGCCAAGUUGAAAUCAAUGAAUAUACAUGGUUGUUUCAUAUCAAAUUCAGAUUUAAAAUCUCUUCUAGAAGUAGUGGAUAUUGUGUAAAGUUAUUGUGUAAUUUUUUGAAAAAUGUCGAUUUAAUUUGAUUUUUAUUCUUAUUAUUUUUAAUAUUUUAUACUUUUGCUGCUUAUUUUUCUUUGUUUAUCUACAUUUAUAUAUAUACAAAGAUCUAUUUGUUGUUUAUUUACACAUCGUUUAUUUUAAAUUAAAAUUUAGUAUGAAUUGUAUUUUUACUAAACAUAACAUAUACAUAUACAUAUUUUAUCUUAAUUUUUUUAUACAAUAUUUUUUAUGUUAAAUAUACUUGAUGUGGGGAUAAGAUGCAAAUUCAAUUUAGAUUACCUUCUGAAAUAAUUGCAACAUGAAGCUUUGUGACUAUUGAUAUUUUUUAUGAUUACCAUUUUUUUACUUAUGGAGAUUUUUCUUUAGACAUUUUGGAUAAAGUUAUGCCACCUAUUUAAUUUGUUUUUUCUCAUUUUCACUAUUCUAAGGCAAUAUAUAAGGCUUUUUUACAUUUUUCAGGAAUUUUGGUGGUACUUGUUUUUUUUUACAAAAACCGAAAGAUGUUAUCAUUUAUAUCACUAACAGAAAUUAUUAUCUGCGAGGUUCACACCAAUUGAGUUUCUACUAAGAAAGUCUUGUCCAAGUUCUUUUUUACUUUUUUAAACCUUUCUUGGUGCGUUACUAAUAAAAUUGAUAAUCCUUCUAUAAUUACCCAAAAUAAGCAAUUAUCAUUUGUUGUAGUUAUUUUGAAUUCAUACUUUAUAAUAUUUUUGAAAUGCAAUAAAUUUUAUUUGUGUUUGCAAGUUUAUUGUUUUUUUAAACUAUUUAAGGAUUCAUAACAAAUUGGGCUUAAAUCUUUCAUUCAAGUGAAUAUGAAUAAAAUAAAUUAUGUUGUGAUAAAAAAGUAAAAUAGCAUAUGCUUCUCGGUUAAUACGAUCCUCAGUGCAUACAUAGAUGUAAUAAAUUUUAUUGUGAACAUAUUUUAACAUUGGUAUGAGUUUUUAAAAAAGU